AUGCAUCAUGGGAAGGUGUCCUUCCUGUGGGACGCUGGCUCUGGACUCACCAGACUGGAGUAUCCCAGCGUUCGGAUCAACAAUGACAAGUGGCACAGGAUCAAUGCGACGCGGUUUGGGAGACACGGGACCCUCACUGUCCAGCAGACGGACUCUGAACCGCUGCCCGCAGUGAAGACCACAGCGUCUGGGUCCUCCACCAUCAUGGACGUCAACAAAUCCACCUGGGUGUUCGUCGGGGGCCUCGGCGCUCAGGUGAAGAAACCCCCAGCGGUGAAAAUGACCCACUUCAGAGGCUGCAUUGGUGAAGCUUCGCUCAACGAGAACAACAUCGGCUUGUGGAACUACGCUGAGAGACAGGGAGAGUGCGGCGGCUGCUUCAUGAG